AUGUCGGUAUUGUCUCCGCCGGAUGUAAGGAAGCUUGUGGAAGCGCUCCUCAGCGAUUUGCGACAGCUUUCUACAGAAGCGAAAAAGAAACAUAAUCAUGUAAAAGAGGCAGCCGAAUCAGGCGUUGUUCGAGUACGAAACAUCAGUACAGCAUCAGGCGAAGCAACGCUUCUCACUAAUUUGCGGGCAGCCAGCAAUGAAUUGCUUCAUCCCCUCAUUCUUGCGUGUGCUACCCGUCAAACCCGCCUUGUUCAAAUCGCUUUGCAAAGUAUACAACGGCUAGUUCAACAUCGAAUUCUAGAAAGUUGUGCAAAUGUUGUGGUAAGCGAAUUAUGGGGUCUAGUAGAGGUCGAGUGCGAAGAACUUCGAGUUCUGCAAACCGUUCCUCCGCUGGUAUCAGCUGAUCUACUAGUUACUGGAAAUACUCUUGCAAAGUGCAUUGUUAUGUGUUUUCGUAUGCAUUUCGCUAAAGAUCCUGUAGUUAUAAAUGCGGCUUCAGCAGCUGUGCGACAGUUAGUGGGAUGUGUACUCGAGCGUGUUAUACAAGAGGAUGGCGUAUUUAGCACAGAGUUGACCGUAGUACCAUCUUCUGGAGGACGUCCAUCACCAAGAUCCGCACCUCCGACGUUACGGCCAUGCGCCGCUGACGCGUACUUGCUAUUCAAGGACCUUUGCUUGUUGAUUAACGCUAAGCCAAGUGUAUGGCUUGUAGGAAUUCAUGAAAUGACAAGAACUCUUGGACUAGAGCUCAUCGAAAAUAUUUUGAAAAGUUAUCCGGGAGUGUUUUUCAGGCAUCCCGAGUUCUGUGAUCUAUUAAAAUCCGAAGUAUGCCCACUUGUGAUCAAGUUAUUUUCCCCAAGUUUGAAAUCAGCGCACGUUUCAUCUCAACAUCCAUUAUCUCGUUCUUCUGCCGGCAUGGGCCCACCGGCAGAUCGACCGUAUUUCCCUAUUGCUAUGCGGCUUGUUCGAAUUAUUCUUUUUAUACUUCGAAUUCAGCCCACGGAGUGUGAGAUUUUUUUGUCGUCAUUAAUCAAAUUUGUGGACGUUGAUCGUAGGGGUUGGCAACGGGCGCUUUCAUUAGAAGCACUUCAUCGAGUUGUAGCGAGACCGGACAUCGUCAGGUGGUUGUGUGAAAAUUUUGAUGCGAGGUCGAAUUCUACCAAGGUUUUGGAACAUUUGUCGCAUAGUAUAUUCUGUGUUAUUCAGCAAAGUUUUGUGCCUUCUAAAAUGAGCUCCGAAGCUGAUAUAGACACCGACAUUCUUCAGCCGAGAGGAUCUUCUGGAUUUUAUUUCUGCAAUGUAUGGCAUCCGUUUGUGGAGCAUUUAUCGGCAAAGAAAUCCAUUUUAUUGGACAGCCUUGAACGACACGAGGCCGGAGUGCUGCCGGAAGGGUAUGUGGUGUCGCGAGCGCAUUGCGCUUUGGUUGAUUUUGUGCAAGCUGUGUACGCAGCAGUAGACGCGCUCAGCUUGCAAGACAAGAAUAAUAAUGAGCAUGUUGCCGAUUCAAUAUUCACCAGUUGCCAACCGAAUUUACUGACUGCCCUGAGCCUCUUGUUAUCAGCGAGCGCUGACGAAACGGUGACGGAUCAGCUUCUGUGUGCCUUGUCGACUCUUAUGUCAGUUGGAUGCAAGUUGAAAGCAAUUUCUGCCAGUUUGAAUUGUUUGUAUGUUCUCUGCUGUGCUUGCUUACCUUCAGUAACUUAUUUGCGUUUGUAUGCCGGAGCGGAAAUACCAUCGAGUGAUGAAAAACUGGAAGAGUUGGUAUUCGAUUCAUCAUCAGCUCUGCACGAAGUUGUUGUCUCUGGUACUCCCUGCCCAUCAUCUGUCGUAGUUCCAGACAAAUGGAACGAUCAAGUGAUGUUGACGUCGCGUAACUUACAAGCAGCAUCUAUACUUCUCAGUUCUAUCUGUGCCCACGCUACGUAUUUGGACGAGCUCUGGCAUUUGAGUCUGUUGACGUGUCAACAUAUUGCUUGGCUGCUCGGCAUCCGGCCAUCCUCAACGGGUAUUUUUGCACGGGAAAAGGCAGAAUUCCACCGGGUGAUAAUCACUAGAAUGUUUCAGGCUGCUCUCCUGGAUAAGGUAGCCUGUUCCUCUGUGUCACUGUCAGAUGCUUCCUUUUUGAAGGCCAUAGAGGCUAUGAUGAGGAUAUCAGAUGAAAAUGUGGCAGUAGCAGCCACUGGCAGGGAGUGUUCGCUUUUUCCCUUGGCAAUGCUGCUUCGAUUUGCGUCUUUGAACCUACAUCGUCAGCAGGUCUUCUGGGAUCGGGUCACAGCCCAUUUUAUAAAGGUCUGCGGCCAUGUAAGUCCAUCGUUACGAGAAUGGGCAGCAGUCGCUCUGUCGAGUAUCAUUAAACAAGCAUUUAAAGCAAAAACCGACUUAUCAGAGUCUAUCACGCUCAAAACGCUACGCUCGAUGUGCUCGAUUCAUCAGGCGGACGUACAAAGACGUCAGCUUGAUUGCUUGAUGGCCCUACUUCAAACAGACGGCGCUCAGCUCGUGCCCGAAAUGUGGCAUCAUGUUAUUUUUAUAGUUGCUGCGGUCGUCGACGAGGAAAACUGCUGUGACGAAGCGUUGGUGCGGCAGGGCUACCUUGGCCUGAGACUAGUCGCGGCAGAUUUCCUCCAAUCACUUCCAUUUGAGUGUAUCUCUGUGCUUGUGGAAGCAGUUGCUCGAUAUGGGAAACAAACGGCUGACCACAAUAUUUCUUUGUCGGCUCUUACACAGCUGUGGACAAUCUCCGAUUUUGUUUUUCGCAAAAGCGAGGUCGUGGGUGCCGAUGCAUCCGAGAAGGUUUGGCUGGUACUGUACACGUGCCUGUCUGAGCUGUGCGUGGACGUUCGGCCAUCUGUCCGCAAAAGUGCUUGUCAAACUCUUCUUCAAACGGUUGCCUCUCAUGGUCACGCAUUGCGGAUCAGCACUUGGAAUCAUAUGAUAUGGCAGAUUAUCAUGCCGUUGUUGGAUCGAGUACGUGUGCAGACAAGGAGUGCAUCGACAGAGCGUGCAAGUGGAGCACUUCUGAUGCAUCACUCUCGAGACACUCAACAGAAACAGUGGACCGAGACUUGCAUACACACUCUAUCGGCUGCAGCGAAAAUAUUUGUUGCUCAACGGAAAGCUCUGUUAGCUCUUGAAGACUUUGGAUCAGCGUGGGAAGCACUUUUGUCGUACCUUGAAUGGGCCUCUUGCUACCAUAAUGCCGAGCUUUCAUUAUCUGCUCUCAAAAGCUUUCAGGAGGUCCUUCUGGGAAAGAUAUCAUCUCAAACAUUGGAUAUCAAUUACAAAGAGCGUGCAAGCAGCUCUACAGAGGACGUGACGCCAUAUCUUCCUCUGCCCCAAUGGAUUGAAUCAUGGAACGCUUGGCAACGAAUAUCGCGUGGUUUAGCUCGGAUGGGUACGAGCGCAACAACCACAGAAAGUAAGUAUACUAUAAAAUCGUCCUAUGUCCCCGGUCCUUCUCAUCUCACAACUCUUCUUCAUAUCUUUCCACCACUUUUCGAACAUGUGGCUCGUCAUAUAUCUGUAGAUGAGCUUAAAGCUGAACAACUGCCGUCGGUACUUGAGAGCUUGGUCAACGUUCCUGUGCCAACGGAACAGGUGCCUUUUGUGGUGCAUUCAUCACAGUCGCAUAUGUCCCCCACACAGGAAGCGGUACUCGAAGCCAUUCGUUCUAUUUAUAACGAGUGCACAUCACAGGGAAGUGCUCUACGUGAUGCAUUGGCUGAUCAAAUUAGGCAACUCCUCAGGUUUGGUGCCAUGUCGGUGAAGAGUCCCCGUGAAUGGGCGUUGCAAUGGGUGAUCCCGUUUGCGGAGACCUCGCUGCGGAUGGCAGUAGAGUUCUUCACGGCUACGGUUGCGUAUCCGGAAAUCAUCCGCUCUCUUGUCGUCGUAGACAUUGUCAAGUUCUUGGGAGAGCCUUUAUACAUGAAGUAUUCAUGUCUGUCUCCAACAACUUGGAAGCUAGCAGCUUCGUCGCUGAUGACUGUGCUGCGGAUAGCGGUGCCACUUGGACGGCAACAAGUUGAACAUUUUGCACCGCUUUGGCCAGCAAUUUGUGACACCCUCGAGAAAUUCCUUUUUACUCCAAAUCUACAUUAUAACUGUAUUGCUUUAUUUCUAUCGGCUGAUGAACGUAAAAGAGACGAGUUGGCCGAAUGUCAGGUUGUGGAGUUGGUACGAUCGGAAUUGUUGCUGCAUUCUGCCUGCUUACCACCAGCGACAGUUCAACGACUUAUUGCCAUACUGAAUCGAGGUUCAAUCAGUCAACUGGAUCCCACAGACGUUUUGGCUUCAGACUCGCAUGCGCAGCGAGUUGAGCUGGCUCGUACUUGCUUCGACGCCCUACUUUCAACAUCGAACGAAGGCAAUGGGCGACUUGGAAAUGUGGCCAUUGCAAGUUUACUUCAGAGAUGCUCUCAGGUUAUGAACGACUUUGUACGAGACUGGAAUGGAAUAGGUGAUUUGCGAUUGCCACGCGGUCGAAUAGCCGAAAUCACAUCUGCAUUGCAAGCUGUGGACUCCCUAAUUGGACGUCUAGCCAGGGAACCGUCUCAAUCGGAACUGUACGCUCAACUGGUCUCACUGUACCCAAGCGUGGUCGAUGUUGUGGGUUGCACGCGGUCAGAUCCUCUACUGGAAACUCAACUCAUCGCUACUUUGAAAUCCUAUCAAACUCUGCUGCUGUUACAGGCGGUCCCGAAGCGCUUAAAUAAGGAAAGCUAG